GCGGUAUUUAAGUAUGUGCGAGACUCUUGACAGUAAUUCCAGGGCUUCUGGUGGUAACGAGGAGGAGACGAGAAUUCGGGAUUAAGGCAGUGAAUGCGCUGUGAUGACAUGUCCAGGUGCUUUCUCUGGUCGUUCUGUUUAUCAGUUACAGCUUUUCUUGAUUGUGGUACUUCAGUUCGUUUAUAGUGAAUUAAAUCGCCAAGUAUGUCAGAAACGUGGAUUCAACAGCGAAUCAUUGCAGUGUUCAAGUUGUGCAGAACUGCCACAAUUCCAUCUAAGUGAACUUGUUGCUGACUGUAAUGCAUGUUGUAGGAAAGAUUAUGUGGAAACGAAACAAGAAAAAUAUCCACGAGCUCAAAUCGAAAUUUGUGAAUGUAACUUAGGACGAUUCCCACAGGCGGAAGCAUUCGUCAAGUCCAAUAUGGUAAAGAAGUGGGGGACUUGUGUGAAAGUUCAUCACGUUCGAGGAACAUUGCCGACAAUUAAACUAUUGGAUGCGCAAGGAGAAGUGCAAAAGACCAUGAAUAUCGAAAAAUGGGAUACCGACACAAUUACGGAAUUUCUGAAUACAUGGCUGGAGUGCUAGUAAUCCACCGCUUCAGUUCCUUUAUAGAUGUUCACGAACUCUAUUUGCUUUUAUGAUAACGGUUUGAUUACGCUCCAAGAAUUUGUCUUAGGUUUACUGAGCUUCUCUUAGAUUUUACCAUGCUUUUAUUUGCUUUUUGUGUACGUAACGAUCAACAACAGAAUCAGAUCAAAUCAAUUCAAAAAGCAAUAAACACUUGAGUUUAUUAACGUGCCAAUACACGCAAUAAAUGUCUGAAU